UCAGCGUAUAACAUAUACACUGAACCAGAACUAUCCCGCUAAUCGGCGCGGCUUGACAGACAUUCUUAUUGUGAAAGUCAUCGUAGUUAAACCACCGAGAGAGGGUCAAUAGAUUAGACGUUGCUUGUCCGUGAAAGAACCAGCUCUUAAUUCUGAUUUAUCAUGAAGAUUGGAGCCGUAUUAAUUGUCGCUUCGGCCUUGUUUGUGAGCGCCGAAUGCCUUGAACGAGAAAACAAAUGUCUGUCUGGUGGAAAGCACAAGGACUCACCGUCCGCUGAAGAAUCGAUGGUCGCUUGUGAAGCGUACAAAAGCAAUUCCUGCUGCACCAGCGAUUUCACCAAACAACUAGCCACCUCCCCGGUCAAGAAAAUCGGCAAUUUCUCCUGGACUCCAUGCAAGAAAACAUUGAGUCGCAAGUGCGAGUCGUUUAUGGUCAGCGUAGAGUGCUUUUACCGCUGUUCACAUAACGCGAUUUUCUGGAAGAAUCCCGAUUAUGAAUCGGCAGUGUUGAAAGCUCCGAUUUGCGCGAGUUUCUGCGAUGGCUGGUUCGAAGCUUGCAAAGAGGACCUAACUUGCGCUAAAAACUGGAUAAGCGGAUUUAACAUGAGCAGUGACGGUUCGAACACGUGCAAAGAGCCGUGCAGAAAUUUCAGCGAUUAUUACGUAAGUGGCAAAGACCUUUGCGAGAGCAUGUGGGGAACAAGCUUCGUUUACAAGGAAACCGACUGCUUGCAGCUGAACUCUACGGAUCCGAAUCCUAACGACAAGCUGGUGGAAAAGCUGUUCGGAGACAAAACAACGAAACCAACCGACAAGCCAACGAACGGAGCGUUUGCCUUCACCCAUGAUCUGUUCCUGGUUUAUAUUCCUGCAUUGCAGUUGUUGUUGUCUGCUCUCAUGUGAACUUUGAAACUUCAAUGUAUCAUAAUACCUUAAUUUUAGUCAAAACUACAAAUUUACUUCUUGGUUAGUCACUGACUAAAAAGUUUCGUUAUUUUUAUUUUAUCUUUUUUUUUAGAAAUUCGGAAUAAAGAGUUCUCUCGGUUUCCGACUAAAAGUAAUUUGCAAACAAUUAAUAUGCUGUCGUUUGAGCGUUGACAAGUUCCUGUCAGUUAUAAUAAAUUCACAGUUAAACGUCAUCUUCUAGACGCAACGGAGAGGCUAUUUGCUUUUUCGCCUAGAUAAAUAUCAGAAAGAAUUCGUUUUACAAUGCCCUCCGAUUUCUCAAAAAAUCACUUCGCUUUUCUUUUAAGCAGUUCAUGUUCUAGAGUUUGAUUUGAGAUCGCUUGAGGUAUCGCCGUCCAAAAUUUACAAAAUCAUAAUUUUUCCUACAAGUAUCAGAAUCAGAAGUGCAACCCAAGGAAGAAAAAACCAGACAUAUUUGAUUGCUUCGCUUAUUAUUAUUAUUAUUUUUUUUUUUUCCAAAUUUCAUACUUCGUAGGGGUUUAUUUUCAAAACCUUCUCAUAACCCUUCACACAAGGCUAUAUGAGGCGAGCGAUUGUGAUAUUAUGAGAUGAUUUGAUAGAAAAGUGUGAAAACAAUUGUAAAUUUGUUAUCGACAUUAAAAACCGGCUGAGAC